AUCCUUAUUUGGUUUUGACAGUCGCUUGACAGUAUUUUGUUUGUUGUGAUUUUAUUUUGAAAUUAUUUUUUAUAACCUUUUGUACUUUGGAAAUUAAUAUAUUCAUGUUUGUUAUAGCCUAGCUGCUAUACAUACAAUUUAUACAUCUAAAAAUGAAAUUCAGUAUGUUUUACUCUUGUAAAAGUGUUUUUGUUAUUAAUUUUCAUAGAAAAUGCUGUAAGCAUUAAAUGCUGGGAGUGCAGAUCUGAUGCAGAUCCUAAAUGCUCCGACCCAUUUGACAACACAACCUUGGCAAUUACUGAUUGCAAACAAUUAAGGUCACUUGAUUACCUGCCAAAUGUUCAAGCAACAAUGUGCAGAAAAUCCGACAGAAAGGACAAUACUGAAGAUGCACAUUAUCGAACAAAAUUAAAUGAUUGGAAACAGAAUUGCGCUAAAGGUUUUGAACCAUUUUUUCCAAGACAACCAGUACCUUAUGUUGGUUAG